AUGCAAUUCAACGUCCUCGCCCUUUUCGCCGCCGCGGCCGCCGUCGCCUCUGCUCAAUCCACCGUCACCGUCUACGAGUGCGCUGCCAGCUCUACGCCCGCCACUGCACCCGCCAUCUCUGCACCUGCCACUUCCCCAGCUGCUGUUGCUACCCCAACCGUCGCAUCCAGCGGUUUCGGCACUGCACCCACCCCCACCGGAAGCCCCAUCCCCUUCGUUACCGGUGCCGCCUCUGCAAAGGGUGUCUCUGCUCUUGGCAUGAUCGUUGCUGGUGGUGUCGCUCUCUUCCUGUAA